CGUAAUUAUUCCCACUUCUUCCUUUGGUGUGGUCCACUUGACCUUUGGAUCUGUCCCAUUUUUGGGUUCAUGUCCUAAAAUGAUCUAGCAAAUGAUUGGGUGGUGUGGAUAAAACCCAUAUAUCAUGGUGGAGUCCACAGAGUCUUGCACUCUUGGCAUGCUACAGACGUGGCGCAAAUCGAGUGAAACCUUUGAGACACCGUACAUGUCAAAUAUUUCCAAAGGAAAUAACAAAGAAAAUAAUUAUUACUUAUUUACAUUAAAUUAUAAGUAAUUACAUCGAAUCAAACAGCCCCUAAAGAAAUGCCUGAAUUUUGAUAGGGGCCAAUAUGGGUGCAUGUUAUUGUUGAAUUGGAGUUCUUAGAAGUUGUCUGCCACCUCUGUUACUGAAAAUAUGGUUUUAUGGACUGACAAGAAACCUGUAGUGUCAUUUUGUUCUUGGAGUCCAAACAUUGCAAAUGGGCUUUUCAUUGUCCCUGGCUGCCAAUUUCAUAAUUUUAAUUUAUUUCUUGCUCUAAGGGUGUGUUUGGAUGCUUGGUUGAACUGAGCAAUUCAUUCAAUUCAUCAAAUAGAAAGCAACCAAAGUGGAGGUGGCACCAUUGUUAUCCCUAAUGACUGCCCAACCCCUAAUUAGAAUUUUGUACAUUUCAAGUUGGAGUUGGUAUGGUCAUAGUUGAAAUUUGGGGGCUUGAGUCUCGUUUUGAGUUAGUGGGGCUAGUUCUGUUGCGUGAUUUACCCUUUUUUGAGUUUAAUUUUUGCAAUGCAAUUCAAAUGAACCUCCAAACACAGCCUCAUUUAUGCAUUGCACUAUUUAUCUAUUUACUUAUUUCCAAAUAUCUUAAAUCAGGUUUUCAGGCAAAUGAGAGAAACAGUAAGCGGUAUCAGUUUUAGUAGUGCAUAAAUAAGCUGCUGCUUUUGAGGUUCAUAAAUCAUGUUUGGACGUGCUCCGAAGAAGAGUGACAACACCAGGUACUAUGAGACUCUUGGUGUCUCGAAAGGUGCAAGUCAAGAUGAGCUGAAAAAAGCAUAUAGAAAAGCUGCCAUAAAGAAUCAUCCAGAUAAAGGCGGAGACCCUGAGAAGUUCAAGGAGUUAGCUCAGGCUUAUGAAGUUCUUAGUGAUCCAGAGAAAAGAGAAAUCUAUGACCAAUAUGGAGAAGAUGCACUUAAAGAGGGAAUGGGAGGUGGUGGUGGUUCUCACAACCCUUUUGAUAUAUUUGAAUCUUUCUUUGGUGGAGGUGCCUUUGGUGGUGGCAGUUCAAGAGGACGAAGGCAGAGACAAGGUGAUGAUGUAGUUCACAAUCUGAAGGUUUCUCUGGAGGACUUGUACAAUGGAACUUCAAAGAAGCUGUCACUAUCUAAGAAUGUGCUAUGUGCAAAAUGCAAAGGGAAAGGCUCGAACAGUGGAGCAUCAGCGAGAUGUCACAGCUGCCAAGGUACAGGGACAAAGAUCUCGAUUCGACAGAUCGGACCAGGCAUGAUCCAACAGAUGCAACAAGUUUGUAGCGAGUGCAGAGGCUCAGGCGAGGUUAUUAGUGAGAAGGAUAAAUGCACUCACUGCAAAGGGAACAAAGUCACUCAGGAGAAGAAAGUGCUGGAGGUGCAUGUUGAGAAAGGGAUGCGCCAUGGUCAGAAAAUCACAUUUCAGGGUGAAGCUGAUGAAGCUCCUGAUACAGUAACCGGUGACAUUGUUUUCGUGUUGCAACUGAAGGAGCAUCCCAAGUUCAAACGGAAGUUUGACGAUCUCUAUGUAGAACACACACUCAGCUUGACGGAGGCUCUUUGCGGAUUCCGGUUCACCUUGACUCAUCUCGAUGGGAGACAGCUGCUCAUCAAAUCAAAUCCGGGCGAAGUCAUCAAGCCUGGCCAAUACAAAGCAAUCAACGACGAGGGGAUGCCGCACCAUCAGAAGCCCUUCAUGAAGGGACAGCUGUACAUCCACUUCAAUGUGGACUUCCCAGAUUCAGGAGUUCUUUCCCUUGAUCAGUGUCGUACGUUGGAAAUGAUCCUACCACCUAGACAGGGCAACCGCCUGUCAGGAAUGGAAUUGGAUGAUUGUGAGGAGACGACAUUACAUGAUGUGAAUAUGGAGGAAGAGACGAGGCGGAGACAGCAGCAGAAGCAGGAAGCAUACGACGAGGAUGAUGAAGCAUCGGCGGCGCCACGGGUGCAGUGCGCCCAGCAGUAAACAGUGCUUGAAAUUGCCCAGCUCACAAUGGAGAAGUUUCUUUCUUUGCAUUCUUGCCAUGCUUCUUUUGUCUUGCAGUGAUUUUAUUUUACCCCUUGGUGCCACAUUUUUCUUUUUUCUUUUUGGUCAGCUUCCAACUAUGGCCCUUAGAAUUUCCUAUUGUUGUUGGUGAGACCGGUAUGGUUGAUUUUAGUAUCUGAGUUACAAAGCCAAUAAUUUUUUUUUAAAAAA